AUGUCAGAGAGUUCAAUAACACAGAAACAUCGAAGAAAAGUAUGGAUCACCUCAUCAGAUGUUGCCUCUAAGGUAUGUGACUUGCUACCAUCUAAUGAAGGUCGGCAAUCACUUGUUUCUUCUUUAAUUCAAGCGUAUCGUCUUGAUUGCAAAUGUGAGAAUGUGAUACCAAUAUAUAAGGCUAAGACGUCAGAUCUUGAAGCAUACCACGACAAACGCUUCUUAAAAUGCUUACUUCGCAAAAGAUCGGAUAUUGAUUCGUCAAGCCCACAUUAUGGGCUAUUGAGGCAUAUUUUAAGAGCCCAAGAUCUUCAACAGGUUUUCAGGACUAAGGCUGUUUUACAGCAGUCGAAUAUUGAGCACAAUUUGAACGUGGAAGGUGACCACAGAGAAGAUAGUGAUUGUGGUGAAGAGAUUCAAGAAAUUGGCGAUUUACGCAAUGAAGAACAGGUUUAUUCCGAUGAUGAGGAUGUUGACGAUCAAGAGGAAUGUGAUAAGUACGGCUUGCUGUUUGAUUGCCCAGUAUUUCCUUUUAUGGCUGACUAUGUGAGGUUUACUGCAGCAUCGAGUAUUCUUUCUGCAGAGAAAUUAGUUAAAGAAAGAUCAAUUGACGUCCAAAACGUCGUCAUCAAUUGGUAUGGCGGUAGACAUCACUGCAUGAAAAGUAAGGCAGCAGGAUUCUGCUACGUGAAUGAUGUAAUUCUUGCAAUAAGUCACCUACGCCGAGAAUUUGGAAAGGUAUUUUAUCUUGAUUUUGAUUUGCAUCAUGGAGAUGGUGUUGAAAAUGGUUAUAAGUUUUCCAGAAACGUUAUGACAUGCUCUAUUCAUAGAUUCGACCUUGGGUUUUACCCUGGCACAGGAUCCCAUGAGUUUUUUCUGCCUACAGCUAUUAACAUACCUACAAGGAGAGGACUAAGUGACUCUAGCUUAUUAUAUAUUACUAAGGAGACAAUUCUUCCUUUAAUCAAAAGUUUUUCUCCUGGAGUUAUUGUGAUACAAGCUGGGUGCGACGGCUUAGGGACAGAUGACCAUAGACAGUGGAAUAUGACUAUCAGAGGCUACAGUAAAGUUAUUCAGUUAGUUAUUGAUGAAUUUUCCCCGGCGCCUGUUAUGAUCUUAGGGGGUGGAGGAUAUAACUUUACGGAAACGGCGAAAUGCUGGGCAUUUAUAACUAAAGAAGUGAUAGGUAUAAAGGAAGAAUGGGAUCUUAUACCGGAGCAUGAAUUACUAGAUGAAUAUGAAAUUGACGGCUUUCAAUUCUGGACAGCAAAUAAUACUCGUAAGAAAAAUAUUAAAGAUGAAAAUGAUGAUAUUUAUUUACAGAAACUAACUACGUAUAUAAAUGAAAGGUAUCUAUAA